AAAAGAUCUCAAUUAUACGAAUUUAUUGACCGUACUUCAUCAACUCAACAAACUACUAUGCCAUUGAAACGUCCAAAAACAAUGACUACAGUUAAAUCUGUAGAAUCCAUUUCUACUCCAGACAAUUCGAGCGAGGAUAGCAAAUCCAGAGGACAAAUCAGCGCCAACAACUCCGAAAAGAACACUGCGAUUUAA